UUGGCGCCUGCUUUGAGUGAGACUGAGGAGAUCCGAACGGAGGGAGCAACACCAGCAGCAGCCGCUCUCCCGCCUUGCAGUGCGGCGGUAGCGGCCCGGUCUCGGCAAUGUUCCUCUCCGACUUCCGUAAGGAGUUCUACGAGGUGAUAGUGACUCAGCGUGUUCUUCUUUUUGUUGCAGCAGAUGUGGAUGCAUUAUGUGCCUGUAAAAUACUCCAAGCUUUGUUUCAAUGUGAUCAUGUACAAUAUACAUUAGUUCCCGUAUCUGGAUGGCAAGAACUUGAAACUGCAUUUCUUGAACAUAAAGAUCAGUUCCAAUAUUUUGUUCUUAUAAAUUGUGGUGCCAACAUUGACCUUCUAGAGAUCCUGCAGCCUGAGGAAGAGGCCUUUUUCUUUAUCUGUGACACCCAUAGGCCCAUCAAUGUAGUGAAUGUUUACAAUGAGACACAGAUUAAGCUGUUAGUUAAGCAAGAUGAUGACCUUGAAAUUCCUGCGUAUGAUGAUAUCUUCAGAGAUGAAGACGAAGAUGAGUCUGGGAAUGAAAGUGAUGGAUCUGAGCCUUUGGGAAAGCGCAAACGAUUUGAAGAGGAUAUUGUGGAGAGAACAAUGAAAAGAAGACAGAGGAGAGAAUGGGAGGCACGUAGACAAGAAAUUCUCUUUGAUUAUGAGCAAUAUGAAUACCAUGGGACCUCAUCUGCCAUGGUGAUGUUUGACUUGGCAUGGAUAAUGUCUAAAGACUUGAAUGACAUGUUGUGGUGGGCUAUUGUUGGACUUACUGACCAGUGGGUUCAAGAUAAAAUCACACAAAUGAAGUAUGUGACUGAUAUCGGAACUUUACAGCGUCAUGUGUCCCGGCAUAAUCACCGCAAUGAAGAUGAUGAGAACUCCCUUUCUAUUGAUUGCAUGAGAAUAGCAUUUGAAUAUGAUCUGCGCCUGGCUCUUUAUCAACAUUGGUCCCUAUAUGAAAGUGUCUGUAACACUUGUUACACUUCUGCCAGUUUCAAACUUUGGUCAGUACAAGGGCACAAGAGACUUCAGGAGUUUUUUGCUGACAUGGGUUUGCCUUUGAAGCAGGUGAAACAAAAGUUUAAUUCCAUGGACAUUGCAUUAAAGGAGAACCUGCAUGAAAUGAUUGAAGAAUCUGCCAGCAAGUUUGGAAUGAAGAACUUAAGGGUACAGACCUUCAGCAUUCACUUUGGUUUUAAGAACAAGUUUUUAGCAAGUGAUAUAGUUUAUGCAACAGCUUCUCUAAUGGAGAAUAUAGAGAAAGAUGAACCUGGAACUGAUAAUUUUAUCAAGGCUUUGGAUAGUCUUUCAAGGAGUAACCUGGACAAAUUGCAUCAGGGGCUGGAACUAGCCAAAAAACAACUGCGUGCCAUUCAGCAAACUGUAGCCAGCUGUAUUUGCACCAAUCUCGUAAUGUCUCAGGGGCCUUUUCUCUAUUGCUAUCUAAUGGAGGGCACUCCAGAUGUAAAACUGUUUUCCAAACCUGUAUCUCUGUGCCUGCUCAGUAAAUAUUUACUCAAGUCAUUUGUUAGCUCUACAAAAAACAAGCGCUGUAAGCUUCUGCCACUGAUAGUAGCAGCACCACUGGAUGUUGAACAGGGUACAGUGAUCAUGGUGGGGAUUCCUCCAGAGACAGAAAGCUCCGACAAAAAGAACUUUUUUGGGAGAGCAUUUGAAAAAGCUGCAGAGAGCACCAAUUCUAGGAUUUUACACAACCACUUUGACAUGUCUAUAAUUGAAUUGAAAAUGGAAGACCGGAGCAAAUUUCUAGAUGCACUUAUUUCUCUGCUGUCCUAAUGGCAAACAGAAGGAUGUUACUCUUGGCACAUGGAUACUGAGCUCUCCUUGUAAAAUCCAUCCUGAUCUAGGAACCAGUUGGACCUCAAUGGUCCAGAUUGUCAAAUGCUUGGUCGUAGAAAUGCAGUUCACAGGUAGUCUUCAUGUUCUGACUCAAAUGGCAAUCUGGAACUCCCCUAUUUCUUUCUAUGUUGAUACAGAUAAUAAGUUGAAGUAUUUCUGAAAAGUUACACUCUACAAAAGUGUUAUUGGAUUGACCUUUGUUUCCUAAGUGCCUUUUUAAAGCGCAAAGAAGAAUUUGUCAGAAUAAAAUAUAUAUAGAUGGAGUUCAAUUUGUGGAGGAAAAAAAAUUGCAUCCAGGUAGUAGUCCCUGCCUAGCAAGUUUGAGUAACAAAGUAAAAUCUAUUGGUCCAAGAUUGAAUACUUUAUUGCAGAAAUUUCACUUGCAGGCAUGAGGAAAACUCCCUUUAAGUUUCUAGUAUGUACUGCUCUUAAAUCAACUCCUAAUAUCACCAGGAGUAGCUCUGUAUAUUUUCAACUUCUAAAAAUAGGUGUUCUGUGAGGCAUGCAUCUAAUAUUGUAAGUCUCUUAAAAUUCAAAUACUGAUCAACCACAAUGCUAAAAUAGAACCUAUACAAGCAAUAUAAAACAAUUGUUCUUCUACAGCUUUCUUAUUAAUACAUCUCCCAAAGAGGCAAUUUCUAUAUCACCACCAUGUCGUUAGCCACUUACUUUGAGACUGCAGUAUCACAUGCAAAAUGGCUUUUAGAAGACACUACUAGUGACAGUGCUAUUCUGCAUAGAUGAUAGUAUUUUAGAUAUGGACAAGUUAAAUAAAACCCAGAUCUUUGUUAGGGCAGGAUAUGGUUCUUCAAAUAGAGAAAGUUUCAGUUCUCAUAUAGAACUGAUGGUGUACUUCUUAAUAAAGUCACAUAAAAUGGUGCUCAAACCAUCUAAAUUCACCCUUUGCAGUCCUCAACAAUUCUCAAGUGGGGAAUGAAUUGUGAAGAUACGAGCAGUGUCCUGUGAUGUCACAUUUAUUCAGAUAAUCUGAUACAACCCCGAAUAAAACUCCAAACUCUUGUAUUACAAUAAGUAUUACUUUAUUAGAUAUGAGUGGGUUUUUCCCCUUUUUUCAGUGACUGUCUGGAUUCCUUUCACAUGUGUUUUUUAUUGGUCUCUAUGUACUAUGUUGACUGUGUAAAUGUUUUGGUACAUGCAUUUUACCAUAUAUUGUAUAGAUUUUAUAUAGAUGAAUUUUAAGAUAAUGGGAUUUUAAAUGUAGCCAUUGCAAAAAAUGUAUUGUAUAUUUCUACUUAAAUAAAAUAACUCUUAUGUAGUCUUGUUUGGAAAAUAUUAUCCAUGUGCCAAAUUUUAACAUCUAGAGAACUUGACUGCAUAACAUCAAAUGAACUUUUUCCCCCAUAUUUAAGAGGUUACACUGUGCCAUGUGUGGUGUUUCUCUUCCUUCCUCUCACCUCACUUCCUGUGGCCCCAACAUAUUUCAGUUGAUGCCUAUGGCAUAAUGCAGUGUUUAAAAAUAUACAGUGACUUCAGAGGUGCUGUGAAAAUUAACUGGUUAAUAAUGAAGUGUAGAUAUCCUCACUUAAAGCAUGUGGAAACUGAAACUCACAGAGGUUGUGAACUGUUGUAUAAAUUAUUACUGUAGCCAGGAUUAGAACAUUGAAUGUUUGGAUCCUAGUGUCAUUCUUAGGCCCUGGAUUGUAUUUCUUGAUAUUUAGAAUGCAUUUUGAAGAUGAAGGGCACUAAGGACAUAAAAAUGAUCAUAUUGGGUCAGAACAAAGGUCCAUCUAGUGCAGUACCAACAUCAUGUUCAUCUUUCAACAGUGACCAAUAUCAGGUACCCCCAGAAAGAAUGACAAGAACAGGUAAUAAUCAAUUGAUACAUCCCCUGUCGCCCAUCACUAGCUUCUGUCAAACAGAGGCAAGG